AUGACAGCAUACGCAGGCCAAUUUCUUGCCGGCAAGCGCAUCAUCGUCACCGGUGGAAGUUUCGCAGUACUUUCAUUCGUAAUUGCUUUGGGGCAACUUUGGAAUUCUUCCCUCGAGCGCCCUGAAGUCACCGUACGAGCGGGACGACCCCGCGACGACGGCCUUGUAGCCAUCCAGCAAUUAGGCUUAUUAGACGAGGUUCGAAAGCAUGCUAUACUGAACGGCGGUGAUAUUCGCGUGUGGGCCGAUAACUGGAAGUGGCUUUCGUCCAUCAAUCCCACCGCAUACGGCAAUCUCCCCGCGGCUACUAUGCGCAUUACGCGAGAAGAUUUGAAGCGUAUUCUCGUGGAAAAGGCCGAGACAGCUAAUACGGAGUUUACAAGUGGCAACGGCCGCGCCACGGUCGCGGCCGUGAAAACCGAUGUAGUAGAGUGGCAGAACCCCGUAAGCGGUGAGAUAGUCGAACAAAUCACAGAACGGGAGAGCGAAAGGCCCACACGACUCGGACGACACCAACCAAUCAAGAGGCAAGCCAGCGUCGUUUAG